UGGACACGGGAGGAACCAACAAAACCUAGUUACCCGCCUAAGGCAAAGAGAAGUGGGAAUCCCAUUGAACUUGCAGGAAAGGAGCACUAGCCGAAGAAAUCGCAUCGCAAAGAUGGUCAAAGUUGCCACCUAUUUUGCAAUGGUAUUCGGGGCUUUCCUUUUCUGGGAGUCCAUGGACAAGGUCCAUGUUUGGAUGGCCCUCCACCAAGACGAGAAGCAAGAGAGACUUGAAAGAGAAAGGGAGAUCAGGAGGAUGAAAGAAGAACUAUUGGCUCAAGCAACAGAAAAGGAUUCUCUUGCAUAGUAAUAUAUCUGGUUUGGAUUUGUUGGACGCCCAGACUUCUGUUUAUUUUUGUCUUUUUAUCUGACUUAUUAUCAUGGCAACCCUAAAAAAAAAUCUGUGGACUAUACUUAAAGGUCUUUGCACAAGCGCAAUAAGCUUGAUAAUAAUUAUUGUUUAUCUUCCUCUACCUCAGGUUGAACUAUUUUAUGCGUACUUAAACGUACACAUGGAUACUUUAUUCCUUGUUGAUUC